UUCUAUUUUUUAAUUCCAAAAUUAAAAAGCAACCGUCUUCUUCAUUCAGGAGAGAAAAUUAGGGGUUUUUGGGGAGUCAGUGAGAGUGGGAGUCAAAUUCGACGUAGUCUCGGCCAUGGAAACACAGAAGAGAGAGAAGAAGAAGAAGAAGAAGAAGAUCUCAGAUGAUCUGAGAUCCACAGACCCGAUUCCACAUGAUCUCAUCCCGGAGAUACUCAAAGCAUCGACUGUUGAAACCCUAGCGAGGUUUCGCUGCGUAUCGACGCAGUAUGCAUCACUCAUUCGCAGCCGAGAUUUCAUGAAAUCGUACUUGAACAAGUCCUCCUCGACUCGUCCCAAAAGUCUCAUGUUCACAUUCGAGAGCAAGCCGCACGGUAAGCAUUUCUUCUUCUCAGCGAUCCAGCCUCCUCAACAAAAUCGAGGUGAAUCAUCAUCAUCAUCAUCCUCUGUAGCGGUUUACCAUAUGAAAUGUCAUUCUCAACCCUACAUAACCGUUGCUCCAUCUGUUCAUGGUUUGAUUUGUUACGGACCUCCUUGUAAACUCAAUGUGUACAACCCCAGCAUUAGACGAUACAUGACUCUGCCCAAGAUUGAUUCUCUGAGGAUCGAUAUGUACCAUUACUUGGGUUAUGAUCCUAGCAGUGGUGAUUACAAAGUUCUCUGUAUGACCAAAGGAAACCCUGUUGGUAGGCGUCGUGGUUUAGCUCAGGAGCUUCGUGUUUUGACAAUGGGAAGAAAUGGGAAUUCUUGGAGGAUGAUUGAAGAUUUCCCUCCUCACUCUCCUGAUUCUCAUGAGAUUAGUAUUGAUGGUGUUUUGUACUAUGGGGCUUUUCUUGACAUCGAUCCGAGCUAUCUCGGCAUGUAUCAAGCAGUUAUGAGUUUUGAUGUUAGCUCUGAAAAAUUCCAUCUUAUAGAAAUACCAGAAACUGCAAUCUUUACAAAGCUGACAAGCUACAAGGGAAAGCUUGCUCUCAUACACUCGCCUCCUAGUACUAGACCUCAUACUGUUAGAAUUGAGUCAUGGGUUCUACUGGAUGCUAAGACACAUGAAUGGUCGAAGAGGGUUUUUGAUGUAGAUCUCCCCGGAGCUGAGUUGGUUUUCAGAGUCUUCUGUCUCACUGAUGUAGGUGAGUUUGUUUUGGCACAAAAAUCUUUGUCUGCAGAACGUUUUUAUGUUGUCUAUUAUGAUCCAAAGAAAAACAGUGUGAGAAGAGUCUACAUAGAAGGAAUCAAAGAACUCAACCUUCCACUUUGGGAUAAAGAUUCUAAUCGUUGUACAAUCUCUAUCUUUCCUGGUCAAGUUGAGAAUCUCAUGUUUCUUUGAAGAGUGUUUGCUCGUUAGUCUAAAAGAAGAUGGCCUUACCGGUUUCAUGAUCAUCAUCUCCACUUAAAUGUUUGUUCUUUAAUUUGGUUGUAGUUGAGUUUUAUCUAUUUACUUUGGAGGGUGUCAUGAUCUUUUGUCCUUGUUGGUGGCAUUUUGUAUAUAUAUCAAAGUAUUGGCUUUGUCUUUGGAGGUGUUGCAUGUCUUUCCUCUUCACCUUUUGUUAUAUGUGGACUGAUAUGUGUAUAUUUUAUUUUGGUUACAUGUGGAUUCUCUCGAUCU